AUGCCUCAGAGGCACAAGAACAAGUACCAUGCCCAUGUGAAAUUCCACUAUCCCCAGGAGGCCCAGACCAGUGCUUCUGCAGCCCCCAAAGAGGAGUGCCCCUCCUCCCCCUCGUCUGUCUCUCAGGCUUCUCCCCCGAGCUCCCCUGCUACUGGAGAUCACCAGGAGCUUCAGGAAGCCAUGGCCCCUAGCUCUCCUGAUGCAGAGCCUUCCUGUGCAGAAUCUGAUGAAGGAACCCAGGGCCCAGAGGAGGAAAGUGCAGGUGCCUCCCAGGCAGCCUCUGCCACUCAGAGCCUUCUCAUAGAUCCUCUGACCAGGAAAGCCAGUAUGCUGGUGGAGUUCCUGCUAGAGAUAUACACCAAGAAGGAGCCCAACUCGCAGCACGCCCUGCUGAAGGUCGUUGGCAGGAAGUAUAGGCAGUACUUCCCUGAGAUCCUCAGGAGAGCCUCUGAACGCAUGGAGCUGGUGUUUGGCAUGGAGCUGAUGGAAGUCGACCGUAGCAGGAACAUCUACGCUCUCAUCAACAAGCUCAACCUCGGGGAUGAUGAAGGUCUGAGUGAUGAGAAGUGUCUGCCCAAGUCUGGUUUCCUCACUGUGCUCCUAGGGAAUAUCUUCAUGAAGGGUAAACUCACCACCGGGGAGGAUGUCUGGGAAUUCCUCAGUGUGUUGGGGGUCUAUACUGGGAGGAAGCACUGGAUCUUUGGGGAGCCCAGAAGGCUCAUCACCAAAGAUAGGGUGCAGAAGAAGUACUUGAAGUACCGACAGGUGCCCAAUGGUGAUCCUCCGCACUACGAGUUCCUGUGGGCCCCGAGAGCUUGUGUUGUGACCAAUAAGAUGAAGGUGUUGGAGGUACUGGGCAAGAUCCACGAUACGGUCCCGACUUCCUUCCCAGACCUCUAUGACGAGGCUCUGAGAGAUCAGGCAGAGAGAGCAGGGCUGAGAGGUGCGGCCAGGGCUCCAACAAUGACUGAGGCCUGUGCUCCUUCCAGGGCCAAGUCCUACAGCUCCUCCCACAUCUAG